UCUAUUACUCUUUUCGUUCAGAAUAAUCUAUUUUGGAGAAAGAAAUUUAAUUAAGAUUUUUAAAACAUAUAUCUAUUAUAAAAUAUAUCCGUGUGAGAUAUUGUUAAAUUCGUCUUAGUGUGUAUUUUUUAUUAUAUAUUUUUUUAUAAUUUUUUUGAUGCAUAUUUAGAGAUAAUAAGACUCAAAAUUUACUUUGAAAACUGUGCAAAAAGUAAGUAGGAAGAACAUUUGGAAACGGUGGGACUAAUAACAGCUUCUCUAUUCAGCGGCCGCCAUUAAUGAGUAUUAUCGGAAGCUAUUUGUGCCGCCGCCGCUUAAUUGUGGUGGUGGUAGUGGUAAUGUUUUUUUCGGGCGCAUCAUAUUGUGUUCAAGCUCAAAAAAGUGCUACGCGCACUACUGGCGGCGCAACCACUGCUCCAUCGGAAGCGCAAGCGUUAAAUGCAAUUCUAGCGCAAUGGAACGAGCCUGCAGGCACAGAACAAUGGACUGAAGCAGAUCCAUGCUCUGGAGCAGCCCUUGUUGAUUCUAUGCCAAUGGAAAAUCCUGCUUAUAAUCCCUUCAUCAAAUGUGAUUGUACCUAUAAUGGCAACACUACCUGCCAUAUCACCGCUCUGAAGGUCUAUGCAAUCGAUGCGAUAGGCGUGCUACCAGAUGAGCUAUGGAAUUUGGUUUACCUGACUAAUUUGAAACUGGGACAAAAUUACUUGUCAGGCCCUAUAUCUUCAGGCAUUGGAAACCUAACUCGUCUUCAAUACCUGGAUUUUGGUAUUAAUGCAUUAUCUGGGCCACUCCCGCGAGAAUUCGGUAAACUAACAAGUCUGAUCUCACUGGGACUUGGUGGCAACAAUUUCUCUGGCCCCCUACCAUCAGAGCUUGGCAACAUAAAAACUUUAGAGCAACUGUACAUUGACAGCUCGGGAGUUAGUGGCGCAAUCCCUCCAUCAUUUGCUAAUUUGGAAAACCUAAAGAUCAUUUGGGCAUCAGAUGUGGAAUUCACGGGUCAGAUACCUGAUUUUAUAGGGAAUUGGAGCCAGCUUGAGACGCUGAGGCUUGAAGGGAACUCAUUUGUGGGACCGAUACCAUCAUCACUUUCCAAACUAACCUCUUUGACCGAAUUGAGGAUAAUUGGCUUGUCAAAUGGCAGCUCUUCGCUAGAUUUUAUUACUAAACUUACCUCCUUACAAAUCUUGGUUCUGAAGAAUAACAACAUCACCAGUCCCAUACCCAGUGGUAUAGGAGAAUUGCAAAGUUUAACUCAGCUGGACCUAAGUUUCAACAAGAUAACAGGAAAAAUCCCAGACUCAGUCUUUAAUCUCAAUUCUCUUUCUAAUUUGUUUCUUGGAAAUAAUAGGCUUACGGGUGCUCUUCCAGGAAAAAAAAGCCCAUCUCUGACUAAUAUAGAUGUAUCGUAUAAUCAGUUAUCUGGGAGCCUCCCGUCUUGGGUCAGCCAACCGAAUCUACAGCUUAACUUUGUAGCAAACAAUUUCUCUGUAACAAAUUUAAACAGCAGAUCUUUGCCGUCAGGGUUGAACUGUUUGGAGAAUGGAUUUCCUUGCAACUCUGGUCUAGGACGUUAUUCUGACUUUGCAAUUAAGUGCGGUGGUUCGCAGAUCAGAGCAUCUAAUCAAGUCGUUUAUGAAAGUGAAAAUGAACCCCUUGGUCCGGCCACUUAUUUUGUGGCUAGUAGUGAUAAGUGGGCUGUUAGCAAUGUUGGAUUGUUCACCAAUAAAAACAAUGUGUCUUACGUACCUAACUCACUAAGCCAGUUUGUAAGUCUGGUGUCUGAACUGUUCCAAACCGCAAGAUUGUCAGCUGGAUCCCUUCGGUACUAUGGGCUUGGGCUUCAGAAUGGUAAUUACAGUGUGCUGCUACAAUUUGCUGAGAUUGAAAUUAAUAAUGGUAAAACCUGGAAAAGUCUUGGAAGGCGUGUGUUUGAUAUAUUAAUCCAGGGUAUUCCGGUGGAAAGAGAUUUUGACAUAAGAAAGGCAGCAGGUGGUCAGUCAUAUAGACCUGUCCAGAAAAACUAUACUGUUCAGGUGACUGCAAACUAUCUCGAAAUACACCUUUUUUGGAAUGGAAAAGGAACUUGCUGCAUACCAUUCCAGGGAACAUAUGGACCUUCUAUAUCAGCUGUCAGCGUCGUCCCAUUAUUUCAAGCAAGGCCUUCAAAUCUACCAUCAAACUCUCAAAAGACAGCUAUAAUUGUCGGAGUAGUUGUACCUGUUGUGGUCAUUUCCCUUCUUUCUUUCGGUUUAUGUUGGUUUAUUCAAAGAAGGAAGCGAGCACGUGCAGCAGAAAAUGAGCUCUUAGGCAUUGAUGUGAAAGCCUACACUUUCAGUUAUGCUGAAUUGAGAACAGCUACUGGAGAUUUCAGCCCGUCGAAUAAGCUUGGUGAAGGUGGCUUUGGAAGUGUCUAUAAGGGAACCUUAAGUGAUGGCAGAGUUGUUGCGGUUAAACAACUUUCAAUAGCAUCUAAACAAGGGAAGAGUCAAUUUUUAGCGGAAAUAGCUACUAUAUCUGCAGUACAGCAUCGAAACCUUGUAACACUAUAUGGAUGCUGCAUUGAUGGGCAAAAACAUCUGCUUGUUUAUGAGUAUUUAGUGAACAAGAGUCUUGAUAAAGUCUUGUUUGGAGACAGUAAAGUAGAACUUAAUUGGGCUCAACGUUUUGAGGUGUGCUUGGGAGUGGCGAGAGGCUUGACAUAUCUCCAUCAAGAAUCACGCCUUAGGAUUGUGCAUAGAGAUGUUAAAUCCAGCAAUAUUCUGCUCGAUGCUGAUCUUAACCCCAAAAUUUCAGAUUUUGGUCUUGCCAAAUUAUAUGAUAACAAAAUGACUCACAUGAGCACUGGUGUUGCUGGGACAGUUGGAUACCUUGCGCCGGAGUAUGCCAUGCGUGGCCAUCUUACGGAGAAGGUCGAUGUGUUUGCGUUUGGAGUUGUUGCUCUAGAACUUGUUAGUGGAAGAUCCAAUUGUGACGCUUCCUUGGGGAGAGAACAAAUGUAUCUUGUUGAUUGGGCAUGGCAUCUAUUUGAGAAUGGUCGAGAACUGCAAUUUGCGGAUAAAAGACUAAAAGAUUUCAACCAGGACGAGGUGAAAAGAGUGAUUGCAGUAGCAUUUUUAUGCACACAAACAUCAUCAGCCCAACGUCCUAUAAUGUCACGAGUGCUAGCCAUGUUAUCCGGGGAUGUUGAAGUGGGAAGCAUACCAUCAAAGCCUACAUACUUGGCCGACUUUGGAUUUGACGACUCCAGUUUUAUGACCAGUGAAGCUUCCGAGUAUUCGAAAGUCGGUUAUUCCUCUACAAGUAAUUACACUUCUCAAGGACUAAAUACACCCACUGAUGCCAGCUUCUUGCAUCAAUGAAUAGUAACUAUCGACAAAACUAUUGCAUAAAAUUAUUUGAUUGUCAAUUACUUCAAUGAAGUCUUACAAGAGCAAUUUUGUUCAUAGAUAUUGUGAUUAUUGGUUUGAAUAUUAUGGGAUUUCAUCAUGUAACUUGUAGUAUAUAGGAGUAUUAUAUAAUAACUAAAUGUACUAUUCGGGUGAUUUCAUUGUCUUUUAUGGUUCUUUUCCUUCUCAUGAAGAAUUGAUGAACAAGUCUAUUCUAUAUGAUGAACUUUCUACC